UAAAAAAACGCUAGCGUCAAGUAAAAUCAUGUGGUAAACAAUAAAACUACAAAUGACAACAAAAAAAUAUCAUCUCAUCCUGACAAUAAAUUAAAUAAAUAAUAUUUUGUUAAACAAUUAAACAAUAUAUUCAGAAUUAUGUUUGACAAACCUGGAUAUGAAUUAAUUUGCCAAGGUGCUGAGGCAAGAAUUUACAAGGGUAAAUAUCUUGGAAAAGAGACAUUAUUAAAAGAAAGAUUUAUCAAAAAAUAUAGACAUCCUGAGCUUGAUGAAAAUUUAACAAAAGAAAGAAUUAAAAAUGAAGUUAAAGCAAUUGUUAGAGCUAAAAGUGCAGGUAUAGUGACACCAACAAUUUAUCUGGUUGAUCUUGAUGAACGUAGUAUUUACAUGGAAUUUAUAAAUAAUGCAAAAACUUUAAAACUUUAUAUUGAAAGUAUGUUGUUGAAUAAUAUUGAUGAAAAAUUAUGGCUUGAUUGGAUUGGUGAAUCACUUGGUGUACUUUUAGCAAAAUUACAUAUGAAAAAUUUAAUUCAUGGUGAUUUAACAACAUCAAAUAUAUUAGUUAACAAUGAAAUAUUUGAUAAUUAUAAAUUGGAUGAUGAUAAAAAUAUAAGUGAUGCUUUUGUGUUUAUUGAUUUUGGUUUAGCAAGAGUUGAUUCAACUGCUGAAGAUAAAGCUGUUGAUUUAUAUGUUUUAGAACGUUCAUUAUUGAGUUCACACUCACAAGUACCAAAAUUAUUUUCAAUAAUUUUAAAUAAAUAUGAACAAUCAAUAGCUGAUGCUAAACAACGUAAAGAAAUUGUCAAAAAAUAUGAAGAUGUCAGAGCAAGAGGAAGAAAACGUUUGAUGAUUGGUUGAUUUAACAAUUUUUUAUUUAUUUUAAUUCGUUUUAAAAUCAUACGAAUGUUUUUUUCUUUUGUUCAUUAUUAUUACUUAAUUUAAAUUUUUUUUUGUAAU